AUGCGAGCGCUAGAGGUUCUGGAGCUGCUGGAGGUCCUGGUGCUGGUGGCGCUGGAGCUGGAGGUUCUGGAGCUGCUGAGGGUACUGACGCUGGGGGUUCUGGAGCUGCUGAGGGUGCUGGCGCUGGAGGUUCUGGAGCUGCUGGAGGUGCUGGCGCUGAGGGUGCUGGCACUGGAGGUUCUGGAGCUGUUAGAGGUGCUCACAGCAGCUGCACGACUGGUACGGUCGCCGUCAGGGUCGCGCUUCUGGAGCUAG